AUUUCAGCACUGCCAUAAAUUUGAAAGCUUGAGGGACGAAGUUUAUUGUCAAUUGAUGAAACAGACUACCAAUAAUAAAACUGAGAGUUGCCAACGUGGAUGGCGCUUACUCAGUAUUGUUGCUGCCUAUUUCACUUGUUCAGAAAAUUUGAGACCAUUUCUUCUAAAAUAUUUAGAAACUUCUGCUUAUGACAAAAGAAGAGCUUUCCAUGGAACUGCAAAUGUCUGUUUACAGAACCUACGAAAAACAUUAAGAUAUGGUGGUAGAAAAAAUGUUCCAAGUGUGGAAGAAGUAACCGCAGUUUCGGCUGGUCGAAAUUCAAAAAGACAACUGUAUCGACUGCCGGGUGGUAGUGAAACAGUCGUGAACACUAAAUCAACAACUGUAGUUGCUGAUGUUAUAGCUGGCAUGUGUUCUCUUAUAAAUGUCAAUGAUCCGUUAGAAAUGGAAGAAUUCUCCCUAUACUGUAUUGUUGAAGGAGAUGCAUUUACAAUGCCACUUGCAGCGGACGAAUAUAUUUUGGAUGUUACAACUGAACUACAUAAAAAUCAACAAGUGUUCUAUUUGAUAUUCUGUCGAUCGGUGUGGUAUUUCCCAUUACGUCUUGACAGUCAGUUAUACAUACAAGUAUUGUUUAAUCAAAUAGCACCCGACUACCUGGAAGGAUUGCUUCUAGUUUUACCCAAUGAACAUUUAUCUCAAGAUCAUUUA